UAAAAUUUAGCAUUGCGCCCGCUUUGGCCAUACCAAUAUUUCGUUAGGCGGCCUGAUACCAAACAGCCCUAAAUCCAAACAAACCAUACCGAAGCAACUAGACGGGAAGGGAAGAAAAGAUCUUAUCUAGCCCUAGCGGCGGCCGGCGAGCGGGCAAGGCGCUUCCUCGCUUGCGGCGGGGCGGCACCAGGCAGCGGGCGCGGGGCCACGAAGCGGACAACCAGCACCGGGAGCUGCCCUAGGUAGUGGCCGCGGACGGCGUCACGGCAGGCGGCAUACUGCAGUCGGGGACGGGCCUCUGGGUCGUGCGGAGCAUUAGCCACAGGAGGCGAGUUCCAGGCCCCGACCGAGCAGUGAGAUCUCAGGCUUGAGGGCCAGAUCCCCGCAGCUCUAUAAUGGAUCCCAAUAUGAAGCAGCUUCAAGAGGCUCUGGUUGACAUUGAGAUGGAUGCAGAGCAAGUUCUUCUCGCAAGGCAUCAGUUGGUGGAAAAUGACAAGGUAAGGAAUGCUAACAGGGAGGCCCUGACAGCCCUCCGGAAACAAGCCAGGACAACCAAAACUAGUGUGCCAUCUCCCUUUGAGGUCAUAAUGAAAGAAAUGGAAGGAAGCUCUGGCAAGCAGCUGAUAAAGGAGAUAUGCCCGACUUGUGGAGAUCAUGACCCCAAAGAACAUACCUGGCUAAUGUUUUCUGGAUCAGAUAUUUUUGCUCGUCUUCCAUUUCAUGUAGCACACACUGCUCUGGAUAAAGACCAGGAGCGUCUGGAUUUCGAUACCAAGAAACUGCAAAGCUUUGUCAAGGAGAAAUCACUUGUGAUUGCUGAGAAAGGCGCCCUUGCGGGCAGAUUUGGCGCUGACACUGUGAAGUCCUUCGUCAGCCUUACGGACAAACCCAAGCCAACAUGGGAGGCUGGGGAGCUUGUGCAGCCCCCUGAAGUGAAGUAUCAGAUGGGUUGACCUUUCAACUGUUCAACCACAAUGGUCCUUGGAAUUUCCUGUAUAAAUGUUAGCUUUUGUGUCAAACAAACUCUGGCAAGGUUGUUAGCAUUGGCAAGAACGAAUUUUUCUUUGGUGUUGGGUUCUUGCAUUGUAGAUGAUCCAGAUUUCUGAAUUUUGACGUGCUGUGGGACAUUGCGGCACUAUCAGUGAGUAGUUCCCGAUGGCAAAUCCUUGAUGACGGACUAGGCAAGGUGUUGUGGGCAGUCUCGAAUCUGUAGCAGUCCUGUUUCAAAUUGGAGACAAGAGGCCAGGCCUCAGUGUUCAUGUCCAUGUCCUGUAAGUCUGAUGUCCAACUUAUAGGAGAAACAACUACGGCCA